AUGCAAAGUGACGUUGCUGCUUCGGCAGGUUCUGCUGUUUCCGUGGCAGAAGAGCCGCCGCCGCCGACGCCCCCGCCGCCUCCGCCCGAGCCCCCCCACGUCAGCAUCGUGGAGGACGGGUGGGGCAGCGUGCGCGACCCGCUGACGGGCACGCCGGCCGUGGUGCGCCGCUACACGCUCUCCAGCCCCUCGGGGCUGAGCGUGCAGCUCGUCAGCUACGGCGCCGCCGUGGUGCGCGUGCGCGCCCCGGACAAGCGCGGCGUGCUGCACGACGUCCUGCUCUGCGCCCAGAACCUGCACGACUACAUCAAAUAUCAGAAGGUGAUGGGCAGCGGGGUGAGGGGCCGAGUCGCCAACAGGAUCUGGAGGGGCCGCUUCCGCUUGGACGGGCUGCCCGUGUUCGUGUCGCGGAACGAGGGCUCGCACUGCUGCCACGGUGGCUUCUGGGGCUUCGACAAGGUGGUGUGGCAGUCGCGCGUGGUGGACGACCGCGUGGUGAUGAGCCACUUGAGCCCCGCGGGCGAGGAGGGCUUCCCGGGCUCCGUCCUGGUGGUGCUCGUCUUCCGCCUCACCGCAGACGACAUCUUCGUGGUGGACAUGCAGGCGCGCUGCGACCGGCCCACGCCCAUCGACCUGCGCUACGGACUCUUUCUCAACCUCGCCGGCCACGUCAGUAUCACUCGGCACGCUACACGUAGCCUCAAAUAA